AUGGACAUCAACCGUGAUCCACCGGCGUGUUGCAGUGCGGGGCCGAUAAACGAAGACUUGUUUCACUGGCAGGCGACGAUAAUGGGUCCGGAUGACUCUCCUUAUCAGGGAGGUGUGUUCUUCCUGGACAUUAUCUUCCCAACGGACUACCCCUUCCGGCCGCCGAAGAUUACCUUCAUUACGAGAAUCUAUCAUUGCAACAUUAACUCUUCAGGUGCAAUUUGUCUGGAUAUUUUAAAAGACCAGUGGUCACCGGCGCUGACCAUUCCCAAGGUGCUGCUGUCUAUUUCCUCCUUACUAACCGACCCUAACCCGGAUGAUCCUCUUGUGCCCGAUAUUGCAAGACUCUACCUUAAGGACCGGGAGAAACACGACUCCAUCGCGAAGGAAUGGACCGCCAGCUACGCUCGCUAG